UCAGAGCAGAGAGAGAAGACAACAGAAAACAAGCGGACGGUUCGUGUCACAAUAAUCUGAGACUGAGUUUAAUCUGAGUUAAAUCUGAGUUUACACCAGUUUUAAUGUUGAUUUAUCGGAAGCCGGACUUCCUGUCUCCAGAUCAUUUCCCCUUCAGUCUCCGGUGCAGUCGCUGCGGUGGUCGCCGCUAGGGGGCGCGGCAGCAGGACGUCGGUCGCUCUGGAUCAAUUAUCGCUAGUUCGUCGCUAACUGUGCGUGUGAACGUGCACGGAAGUGUCAUGUGAGGACCAUGUUCAAAAACGUGUUCGGUUCCGGGUUCGUGGUGAGAACCGCUCACGUGAUUCUGACCUGGGUCAUAACGUUGAUCCUCUUCCUGCACGACACAGAGCUGAGGAAGCAGGAGGAGACGGGUCAGCUGGUCCGGCCCGUCCUCUUCGUCCUGCUCGUCCUGGGCUCGGUGCUGCUCUACUUCGCCGUGUCCCUGAUGGACCCGGGCUUCAUCCUGUCGGACGACUCUGGUCUCCAGUUCACGCUGGGAGUGACCGAGGAGCAGCAGGACAUGAUCCCCCCCACCACCAAGUCCCUGAGGCAGCGCCGCUGUGGACACUGUCUGCUGCAGCAGCCAAUGAGAUCGAAGCACUGCCAGACGUGUCAGCACUGUGUGCGGCGGUACGACCACCACUGCCCCUGGAUCGAGAACUGUGUCGGGGAGAGGAACCACCGCUGGUUCGUUCUGUACCUGGCCGUGCAGCUGCUGGUGCUGCUGUGGGGGCUUCACAUCGCCUGGACGGGGCUCAGCCACGCCCCCAGCUGGCAGCUGUGGCUGCGGACCAAUGGCGUGCUGCUGGGCGUGGUCGCUCUGGAGGCUCUGCUGUCGCUCAUCGUCCUGCUGCUGCUCGGCUCGCACCUCUACCUGGUGUCUCUGAACACCACCACCUGGGAGUUCAUGUCCCGCCACCGCAUCUCCUACCUCAGACACUGCGGCGCCGACGAGAACCCGUUCGACCGCGGCAGCGUCCAGAACCUGUGGGGGUUCUUCUGCGUGUGGGGCAGCGUGGUGUGGGAGCAGGUCUACUUCAGGGAGGGCAGCGACCCGGUGUAGGACCAGACCGAGACGUGAAGUCCUGAAGAACCACGUCACCCACUCAACUCUCCUUGUGAUCGGUUUACCUUUUAUAUGGGCACAUGUGUUUUGUGUCAUGACUCUGGAACAUUCCCUCGGUUCCUCGGUUCCUCGUCCCGGAGCUUUGUCUGUGUCGUGCUCCACAUGAUUCCACAUCAGGAACAUCUCGUCCUCUGAUCUGUGAACAGAUGUUUCCUCCGAGUGAGACGUCUGCUCCUCGUUAACGUCUCUGCAGACGACCAGCAGCUCUCACACAUCUCAGGUCUUUACUGCCUGCGGCACUUUCAGGUUCUGAGUGUUUCUUCACCUCGUCCCUCUGAACCCGGACUCCACUGGAUCUGUUACAGUCACAUGGUUAAAUGACGAAUGGACUGGUACAUCAUUCUGAAGUUUACUCUUGAUUCAAUAUCUAGUAAUUAACGUAAAUAGUUGGAUCGAUGGUUUCUAUGUUCACUAAAUCAAGAGAUUUAUACAGAUUUGCUGCCGUUUGUUUUCCAGGUUCGUUCGGUUUCACAUGAAGUGAUUGAAUUGUCUUAUUUAUUCUGUACAGAAGAUCAACAGAGUCUCAGAAGGAGCUUCGGACCGAAGCUGUUUCCACACCGAUACGUUCAGUCCUCCAUGAAACACUGCUCAUCUUCAGGUUAUGGUUUCAUGUUCUAAUGCUCAGAAUCAUGUUCCUCAGACUGUCCAGCUGCAGCUCCUCUCUUCAGCCUCUGUCUUUUAGCUCCUGUCUCUUUAAGACCCCCCUCCUCCUCCCAGAUGAAAACUGCUCAGUCCUUUAUUUACGCUUUAAUAUUGAGGUGUUUCCGGGGAGGAGCUUCCUGUACAAGCUUUACGACACCUGGCGUCCACACUGGACGGUUUUCAUUUCUAAAACUGAAACGUAUCGGUGGAAGCAGCCGAAGUCUGAGACUCUUAUUCUCUUUUUAUUUAAUGGUUGAAAAAACAGACUGUAUCAUAACUUGUGUUCAAUCUGACCACGAUGUCCAGAAGACUUUGACUUUCAAGCUAUUUUAUAUUGUAUUUAUCAUUUUGUAACUAUUUGAAAGCAGAACACGUCUUUAGACUUUUGUACGAGUGUUUAGAUGAAGUGAAACUGGAGCAGAGGUCGUUAGUGCAAUAGAAACCUGGUGAAGAGCAAUAAGUGUGAAGUCGACCUUCAUGUACAGUUAGUGAGGAAUUAACUCAUCUUAUUUAUAUGAACUCAUUAGUGUUCCUCUGGAUUAUAUGCAAAACUGUCAUGCAAUGUGUUUUACUACUUUGAAAAUGACUGUAAACAUGAAUAAAUAAAUGUUUGAUGAAUUAAAUUUA